CUGUUGCUGAGAUCGGCAUCAUGUUAAGAUUCAGCGCUCGUCGAUUCCACUGCUGACCGCUCAUUAUGAACUUCGGCGUGUGGCGCGAUGUGGUGGGCUGGGUUCCAUGGGCGUGGCUGUGGCGGCGGGGCCUCGUGCUCCUGCUGGUGGGCGUGGUGGGCGUGAGCUUCCUGGUGCGGGAGCGCUCCCAGCUGAGAGGCUCCAUGCCCGUCGAGAGGUCCUCCGAGGUCGACUUCACGGCGCUGGAGGAGGCCGAGGCGUCGCCGGGGCUCACCACGCCAGGGCCGGUGGGCGGGAGCAGCGAAGAGGCGGCUCCCGACGUCCCCUGCGUCAGCCCUUCGCCGGUCCCUGCUCCUCCGCCGUCCCCGUGCCCUCUGGAUGUCCUGCAGGAGACGCCGCAGCCUUGUCCUGACUGCCCCGAGUGCCCUGCGUGUCCGGACUGCCCCUCGGUUCCUCCUCCGCCCCCUCCCCCCACGUGCCCGCCCUGCCCGAAACCCAUCCGGUGCCCCCUCCCACUGCUUAUCGAGGAGAAGGGCGCGGCGUCCCCGUCCCCUUCCCCUUCAAGGACGUCUUCCACCAGCUCUGCCGUGGCCGCCGUGCCCCCCGAGGCUCCCUCCUGCCGCCCCGGGCCAGAGGCGCUGCAGAAGGCCUACCGACGGCGCCUGGCGAAGACUCUAGCUGACCUGCAGAGGCAGAUUUCACGCCUGGCUGGCCGGCGGGCGGUGGUGGACGCCAAGUGGUCGCUCGUGCUGCGGGGCCUCGUUCAGGAGCUCGACCCUCACGCCUCCUCCUCCUCGAACGUCUCGUGGGACUUCUCGGCUCGCCUUCCGUCCAGUCCGCCCCCCUCCUCGGCCUCCUCCCCCGCGCCCACUCCCCUGCGUGGCCGCCACGUGUGCCCCGAGGUCUACCUGGGACGCCGCUACGAUCACCCUUACAACCAGCAUGGCAUGGAGACGACCAACUGCACGGGCGUCGCUCCUUUCCGCAGCGUCCUGACGGUUCUGCUGCCGGCGAGGUCGUGGGCGUCUGAGGACCUUGGAUUCAUCGUGGCGCGCAUCAGGACGCUGUACGACAUCCCCAUCGUGGCCAUACGAGCCGAGAGACCGAGCGAGGACCAGCGCGACGCCGGCGUCCGAUACCUCUCAGCCCCAGCCAACGCCUCUGACGCAGAUCUUCUCAACGAAGCCGUGAAGCUGGUGGAGACGCCCUUCGUGCUGCUGGCGGAGUCGCUGGCGCACUUCAGCAACCAGUCGUCGCUGGAGCGCCUCGUGCGGGUGCUGGACGACCUGGACCACGUGCAGGUGGCCGGGGGCGCCGCGAGGGACACGCAAGGCCACUGGAGCCACGGCUGUCUGCAGCAGCACAUGGCCAACUACCAGGCCAAGUACACAAUGGGCUACUACCACUCCAAGUACGAGUGCAUGUACUGCGACGACCUCCUGACCCCCUUCGUCACCAGAACCAAGCUGCUUCACUCGCUCGCCUUCAGUGCCGGUCUCAGCGGACAGGCUGUGUACCGAGACUGGUUCGCCAAGGUGCGCGGCGCAGGCCACCUGGCCGUGCUCUGCCCCGACGUCAUGUUCUUCGUCGGCGGCCACGUCAACAUGACGGCCGACGACUGGCUCCCCGUGGCCCGCCGCUGGGUCCUGCAGAAGGUGACCUCCUUCUCGGGCGAAACCUUCCUGUUCCCGUGCGAGGACGUGGGCAUCAAGUGCACCAACAUCAAGGCGAUAACCAAGUGGUACUUGCUGCCGCCGUGCUGCCUGGACGUCGCCAUGGAGGACGUCCGCGUUCUGGUGGACUUCGCCGAGCGCGAGGGCCUCGAGUACGAGCUGCAGGCGGGCUCCGUCCUCGGCGCCCUCAAGUUCGGGUCGUACCUCCCCUGGGACAUGGACCACGACGUGUACGUGGAGUGCAAACACUUCAAGAAGUGGACCCAAAAGUUCGGCGCCAUCGUCAAGGGCAGGAACUGCACGCCGAAGGUCAAGUACAAGAACGUGUUCCUCAAGAUCAUCUGCCCUUCGUUCACCAUGGACAUCUUCUGCCGGGACGCCCUCAGCAGGAAGUUCCUCCCGAAGGAGUACGCGGACACACCCACAUCCAUCCUGUACGGCGGCCACUGGACCAAGGUCACGGCCAACCCCGGGCUCUUCGCCAGAAACAGCAUUGGCCUGGAGGUCCUGAAGCAUGUGCAGCACUCCAGCCACAUCCUCAACGCCCAGAAGCGGAGAGGCACCAGCGCCGCCCCCGUCGGGAGGCCGGGCACGUGGCUCAGGUGUAAGACCCCCAACCACCACGCGUGCCUUGACAGGUUCCCCGCCGACGGAAACCUUCCUUUUGUCUUCCCGUGAAUGGGUUCGGUCA